UUAAACAGCACGGUUUCCGGUUUAGAACACGCUACAUUCGUUUUAGUUUUUCUUACUACUCAAGUGUAUAAGUCAAGUGCAUACUGUUUUUCUAGAUCUAGAUCUAGAUCUAAAUCUUUACUUGAACUUCUGUUUUCACAGGCUAUUUGUGAAAAUGGGUAAACCACGGGAAACGUUCAAUAAGGCGAAUCACAGUCUAAAUCCUGAUCGUCCCAAGACAUCAGCAGGGAUGAGAGACAGGUCUACUAUCAAUCGGUUGAAGAUGUAUAAAAACUUCAAGCCAAAGAGAGAUCGUUCGGGUAGAAUAGUUCAACCUGCGCCUUUUCAGUCAACCCUCAAAUCUGGCACCAUGGCUAGGGUAGAGCCUAACAGAAAGUGGUUUGGGAACACAAGAGUUGUUACACAAAAUGCCUUGCAGGCCUUCAAUGAAGCGAUUAAUAAAAUAAAAGCCGACCCAUAUAAAGUUGUAAUGAACCCAACCAAGAACCCUGUAACUUUACUGAGUUACACUCCAAAAGCGGCACCAUCUCCAAGACUUUUGGAUCGUGAACCCUUUGAACAGGUGUUUGGUAAGAAAGCAACUAGGAAGAAGCCUACACUUUCUACUUAUGAUCUCGAUGAAAUGGUAAAAAAUGCAGAAACUGACCUUCAGAAGUGGGAAGAAAGUCAGAGUACAUUGGUGCCCCAAGAGGAUGGUGUGAAAAGUGAACAGUUGGAAAUUGUGUUUAAAGCUGGAACUUCUAAGAGAAUAUGGAAUGAAUUAUACAAGGUUAUUGAUUCUUCUGAUGUGAUUGUCCAAGUACUAGAUGCUAGAGAUCCUGCAGGAACAAGAUGUAGACAAGUUGAAAACUACUUGAAGAAAGAAAAGCCUCAUAAACAUUUAUUAUUUGUUUUAAACAAGGCUGACUUAGUUCCUAAUUGGGCUGUUAAAAAGUGGGUAGCUAUACUCUCUUCAGAACAUCCAACUAUGGCUUUCAGGGCUAGCAUAACAAAUUGUUUUGGCAAAGGUGAUCUCAUAUCACUACUUCGACAAUUUACCAGGCUACACAGUGAUAAGAAACAGAUAAGUGUUGGGUUGAUAGGAUACCCCAAUGUUGGCAAAAGCUCCAUAAUUAAUGCUCUCAAGUCAAAGAAAGUUUGUAAUGUAGCCCCAGUACCUGGAGAAACUAAGGUAUGGCAGUAUGUUACACUGAUGAACAACCUGUUUUUAAUUGAUUGUCCUGGUAUAGUGUACCCCACUGGAGCAACUCAGACCGACUUGGUUUUGAAAGGAGUUGUCCGGGUUGAAAAGGUCAAUCAGCCAGAAGAUUAUAUCCAUGCAGUAUUGGAGAGAGUAAAGAAAGAAUAUAUCCAGAAAACUUAUGGUAUUACAGAGUGGGAAAGCCCUGAAGACUUUUUAGAACAGGUGGCUAAAAAGUCUGGAAGGUUACUAAAGGGAGGUGAAGCUGAUAUUAGUACAGUUGCCAAGAAUGUUCUGAAUGACUACCAAAGGGGGAAAAUACCUUAUUUUGUACGGCCACCUGAAUCUGAGUUGGAUGUUGAGGAAGAAACAGAAAAUGAGAAUAUUCCACCUAAUGAAGCUGUAGAGGAAGCCUCAGCUGAGACAGAAAUACCCAUUGACGUAGAUAAUUCAAUUACAGAAGAUAAAACUCAACAAAAUGAGUUGAACGAUGAUGCCAGUGAGGAGCAGGAACAGAGCCAUGAUGAGGAAGAAGACAGUGAAGCAGAAGAAUCCAGCAACAUAAAUGCAAACAACAGUGAGACUGAAGACCCAGAUUCUAAACAUGAAGAUAACAAGAAUAAGAAGAAUAAAGGCUUGGCAGCAAUACAUCCAUUCUUUGAAAUAACCGGCAGAAAAUUAGGGGAUAUCAAGAAAAAAAUGGCAAAACUAAAACAAAACAUAAAAGAAAUUCGUGCUAAGAAACUUGAAAGGGAAUCCAAAAAAUCUAUAAAGGGUGGAGAAUCAACAGACCCAAGUAGUGAUGUACAAAAACAUGAUGAAACAAAAUCCCCCAAGAGCACUGUUGUGCACAGACAACCACAUUUUAUUAGUCUUGCUUCUGACAUUGAUGCAGUACCUUCACAGAAAAAAGGUUCAAAGCUUAGAAAUCUAAAAAAUAAACUGUUUUCUUCUGACAAAAGUCAAUCUGUUAGUGAAAGCAAAAAAUCGCCAACAGUUUCAUCAGCCAUGAAAAGGAAAUUAGAUGAAGUUGAAGAUAAGCCCCAAGCAAAGAAAAGUAAAUGUAAUGUAAUCUCCACCCCCAGUGGGGUCAUGAUUGUCAGUGAUAUACAAGCUGCACCUCAAACAACCCCUUCGUCAACGGAGAGGAAAACUACAGGUGCUACUCCUCAAAGUGACAAGGUGAAAACUCCUCAAGCUACAUCAUCUAGUAAAAAGAGAAAGAAUAAAAGAAAGAGAGAAGAAGAGGAUGAUGCUGAAGCCACACCAAAGGUUACAGGAUUGGCUAAACGUCGUUUACAAAGACAAGAAAUAAAAGAAAUGAAUAAGAAAAUUGAUUUCUAUAAAGAAAAGGAUGUAAAGAACAGAAGAAGGUCAAGAAGAUAGAUUUUAUGUAUAAAAAUAAACAUUGAGAAAUGUUAUAUACAUAUGUAAAUAUUUUGUUAUUUAAUUGAAAGUCAGUGUGAGGAGCCUGUUGAUGUGAUGAAAUAUACAUGAUUAAAAACUACAAUAGAGAUAAAUUUAAAUUUGUUGUUAUAGUUUUUUAUUGAGUUUUUUUU